CCUAGGCUUCCCUCAGCAGCCUGGGAGCGGCAGCGGGCGCAGCAAAGGCUGCAGGAGGAGCGCAGCCGGCCGGCUGCGCCAGUCCCUCGGGCAGCGGCGGCGGCGGCGCUGGAUUAGCUCCCGAGGUGCCGCGGAGCCCGGCGCUCCCCGGCGGGGCUAGGAGAGGAGAGAAGCGGGGGCUGCAGCUGGGCAAGGGGGAGGAAAGUGAGCGUGUGUGAGUGCGUGUGUGCCAGAGUGUGGGGGGCGACAGGCUCGAAUUAGGGCGGCAGAGAGGGCAGGGGAACCGGGGUGCGGUCCCCUAGGGUCUCCCGCGGCGGCGCCAGCUUCACGGCGCCCCUCACCAUGGACUUGCGCGGAGUUGGGAUGUGCCUUGGCCGCAGCGCGCGGGUGGCUGACCGGCCCUGGGGGUGCGCGGGCGCGCGCACAGGGAUGGCGAGGUAGGAUGGCGGUCCAGCGCGACCCCUGCCGCCCCAACCCAGUGGCCCCCGGGCGGUGCAGCUGACUCGUUGGAGCGCACUGGGGUGUGGGCGGAGGCGGCCCAGCCGUGCCCGCGCCUUCGGGAGUUGCUUUGCCUCUUCCACCCACUCGCACCUGCCGUCUCGCGGAUACCAUGUCGAAGGCGGCCGGAGGCUCAUCGGCGGCGGCUGCGGCGGCGGAAAGUUGUCCCCCAACCUCUGCCAGCCCGUCUGCGGCCACUGCCGUGGAGGACCUGUCCAAAGUGUCGGACGAGGAGCUGCUGCAGUGGAGCAAGGAGGAGCUGAUCCGCUGCCUGCGGCGCGCGGAGGCGGAGAAGGUGAGCGCGAUGCUGGACCACAGCAACCUCAUCCGCGAGGUCAACCGUCGCCUGCAGCUGCACCUCGGCGAGAUCCGCGGGCUCAAGGAUAUUAACCAGAAACUCCAGGAGGACAACCAGGAACUGAGGGACCUCUGCUGUUUCCUGGAUGACGACCGGCAGAAGGGCAAGAGGGUGUCCCGGGAGUGGCAGAGACUGGGCCGCUACACGGCGGGGGUGAUGCACAAGGAAGUGGCCUUAUACCUGCAGAAGCUGAAGGAGCUGGAGGUGAAGCAGGAGGAGGUGGUGAAGGAGAACAUGGAGCUCAAGGAGCUCUGCGUGCUGCUGGACGAGGAGAAGGGCGCGGGCUGCGCGGGCAGCCGCUGCUCCAUCGACAGCCAGGCCAGCCUUUGCCAGCUUGCCGCCACCACGGCGCCCUACGUGCGGGACGUGGGCGACGGCAGCAGCACUUCCAGCACAGGCAGCACCGACAGCCCGGACCACAAGCAUCACGCGAGCGGCGGCAGCCCGGAGCACCUGCAGAAGCCCCGGGCCGAGGGCAGCCCGGAGCACUCCAAGCACAGGAGCGCCAGCCCUGAGCAUCUGCAGAAGCCCAGGGCCUCCGCGACCCCAGAUCACCCCAAAGCCCUCAAAGGACCCAGCCCCGAGCACCACAAACCCUUGUGCAAGGGCAGCCCCGAACAGCAAAGGCACCCGCACGCGGGGAGCAGCCCCGAAACGCUGCCCAAGCACGUGCUGAGCGGGAGCCCUGAGCACUUACAGAAGCACAGGCCCGGGGGCAGCCCCGAGCACGCCAGGCACAGCGGAGGGAGCCCUGAGCAUCUUCAGAAACACGCCGUCGGCGGGAGCCUGGAGCAGCUACCCAGAGCCCGGGGCACCAGCCCGGAGCACCUCAAACAGCAUUACGGGGGGAGCCCCGAUCACAAACACGUGGGCGGCGGCAGCGGCGGCGGCGGCGGCGGCGGCGGCGGCAGCAGGGAGGGCACCCUCCGAAGGCAGGCGCAAGAGGAUCUGUCACCCCAUCACCGGAAUGUCUACAGUGGCAUGAACGAAUCAACCUUGUCCUAUGUUAGGCAGCUGGAGGCAAGAGUAAGACAGCUGGAGGAGGAAAAUCGCAUGCUGCCCCAGGCUACCCAGACUAGAAGGCAACCUCCAACUAGAAACAGCUCAAAUAUGGAGAAAGGCUGGGGGUCCAGAGCCCGGCGGGUCUUGCAGUGGUGGCAAGGGUGCCGAGGAAUAGGACGAUGCCUGCCCACUCUCCCGGGUUCUUUUAGGUUGUCAUCAGGGGCUGAUGGGAGUAACAGUUCACCCAACUCUCCAGCUAGCUUCAGUGGACAUACCACACCUUCUCAGCAGCCUGAACCCGUGGUACACUCUCUUAAGGUCUUGGAUGUUCAGGAAACUAUAGAUCGUCAACAGGGUAAAGAGUAUGAACAUGACCUUAGUGAGACAGAAAAAGCUAUAGUCAGAGAAAUGUGCAAUGUUGUAUGGAGGAAACUUGGAGAUGCUGCAGGUUCGUGUCCUGGAAUUAGGCAGCAUUUGUCUGGAAACCAGUACAAAGGACCCAUGUGAGAAGGACUCUCUUUCAAACAUGACAUCACCACUGCCAGAGAGACAGAAGAAAAGAGUGGAUUUUCACAAACCUGGACUCAUGGAAUAACAUGGAGUGAUUGUACAUUGCACAUAUUUUCCCUCUAAAAUCUUUAGUGUAACUGAAGUUGUAUUUUGUCUCUCACUUCAGUGUUCACAACAGUCAAUCUCAAACAAGGUAGCUUUGAAAAUCACCAUUUUGGUACCAAUAUUUUCAUUAGAACUAAAAGUUUUUGACUCUUCAGAUGGAAAAUUGUAAUUGGGAAACCUGCAUGAUUGGAAGAGUCCAGUAGAGCCUCUGUGGUUUUGAUAGAAUUGAAUCAUUGCAUAUAAUGGUGGGAGUGUUCUACCAUAUUGUUCAAGAUAAGAGGUGGUUUCCAGCUUCCCAAGUUGGAGAGUUGGUCACCUAUUAUAUUUUAGGUAAUAAAAUACUAGUUCCUGAUGCAUAAUUGAUUUGAACGCAAGAUAAGAUUAGGUUUCUGGGAUUUCGUUUUGACUUUUGAGGUGCUAAAAAUACCACAUAAAUUUUCCUUACCAGCUAGGAGGGUAGCAGGACUUUGUCAAGUGCUUAUCAGCAAGUACCAUUUAUUUUCAUUGAUCAAAGUAAAUGUAUCUUUUCUUUUCAUCUUAAUGUAUUGCUCAUGAAGACACAUCUUGGGAACACAUCAACCUCCAUCUUCAGUGUAUUCAUUAAUGUUAAUAUUAACAGUUUCAAUUAAAGAACAAGCAAACAAUUUUUCUAAGUGUUUCCAGCCGUGAGAUGUUAAUUUCUACAAUUUAAUUUCUAGACAUGCUGUUAUACUUAAUAAACUUUCUGUAAACUUUAAAAUAUUGCACUGCAUUUAUGAAAAAAGCUUUCUUAGCCUACAGCAGUUAUCUAACAUUUUAUGAAACUGACGCAUGUCCUUCAUUAUUGAAGCUAAAAGCUCUUGUUCAGAUUGCUUGAGGUUUGAAAAGGAGGUGUGCUAGCUUUGCUUUCCUUAUUUUUGGUGUAUAUAUAUAUAUUUUAUAUAUAUAUAUAUAUAUAUAUAAAUAGACUGUGUGUAUUGGAAAUGCUAUGAUAGGUAUUUUGUGUUUAUCCAAACGCAACGAUAGUUUCUUGUAUGAAUGUGCAAGAGGCCUGUGAACGAAUGCUAACUUUAUAUUGUAGUUUAAGAUUAUAAAAGUAGGAAUGCAACAAUUCCCAGUUUUCUUCUAAAUUACUUAGAUUUGAUUCAUAGCAGAUAUUCUGUUGUUGCUCUUGUUUUUAAACAGGCUCAUUACACAUGUAUUAAUUGUCAUUGGUGAAGGCAUUGUUACACUUUUUUGAAUGUUAUUGUGAUGAAAAAGCAGCCCUCUGGUCUCAGAAAAUAUUUAUGAAUUAAUUUGCUAUAGAAUUCUCUAAUUGUUGUAAUUGGGUUACCAUUUAAGCUUUUCUUUUAAAAUGUUAUAUAUUUUAAGAAUAUUAUUACUCUAUAAAAGAAAAUUGCUAUAUUUACACCUUCUCUUGAAAAGCCUUCAUCAUUAAAUUGUUGUAUUCCUACACUCUGAAGACAUUUAAACAAGCUUCUGUGCCUUCAGUAGAGCCUGCAGAAGCUAAUACAAGGAACACUGGUCUUUUGACAAAAUACUUGUGUAAAUUUUGAUACUGUAUUAAAACUAUUUUUUUAAAGUUCUGCAUAAAAUUGACUCAUCAAGUAUAUGUGUUCAUCUUAGCAAUGAUAAUAAAUUAUUUAAUCUCA